AUUGAGUACUAAGAAUUGUUAAUGUAAAGUAAUUGCUAACAAACAGUGUUUUACCCGAGCAGUAAGUUUCGAGUUUUUCCAAGCAAUCCCAUUCAGCUUUUCUAUGGCUUUUUUACGAUUCUCUUCGUUUCUGAAGGAUACGUAGAGCCAACCACCUUUUUUCGGCGGUUUCACUUUGCACGUUUGUAGCUCGAGCUUCUCGUUCAGAAACUUUUUGAAUUCACCGAUUCCGUAAUACUUCGGCAGGCCAUGUAUUUCAAUUUUAUACUUCUCUGACGUGAAAUCAACCCUGUCAAGAUAUGCGUACGGGUUCUUCUCCGUUCCCGAGGAUUCGUUCGUAGUCAUCUUUACCAAAAUUCAAUUCCAGUUGUAACCUACACGAUACUCGUGUCACUGAACCAUGACACGAUUCUCUUAAUAAAGGACGGUGAAAUUGAUUGGUAAAUUAAAGAUAAAGAAAUUUUACGAAGAUAAUCGAGCAUUUCUAAUUAAUACCUAUCAAAGUCAACAAAUAUUGUACGGUUAUCUAAAAAUCAUUGUGCAAAUAUAAUGCGAUCCGGUGUUGCUUCAUGUACAAGUUACAAUGACUCAAGAAGCAAGAAGUUGUUAUUUAAAAAGCAAUGAUAAAAUCUUACUGACAGUACAUUUGCCACAUCACAAACCAGUUAUUGUGGGGCGUUGUCCAGAAACCAACAUUACAGACUCGCAGUGUUCUAGACAACAAGCCAGAUUGUGUGCAGAUUAUCAAGAAUACAAAGUCUCGAUUCAACAACUUGGUAAACGGCCUUGUGGGUUCAAUGGAUUCAAAACUCGUAAAGAUGUUAAAUUCUUAGGCAAGCAUGAAGACUGUUUAGAGAUCUUGUAUGGUAAAUAUGCAUAUGAAAUAGAAUUCAAUCCUCCUCCUCCGAAGAGCUUCCCUUCUGAGAAAAGAGCUAGAGACGUAGAUAAAGGCACAGAAAACGAAGAAUAUUCUUGUAAAAUUGCCAAAUUCGAAGAAGAUAAUUUAAAUUCUAAUACUCCGGACAAAGAAGAACAAGAGGAAAAAUCAAUAAAAAAUACCGAAACCAGUAUUCUCAAGUUUUUAAAGAAAGAUAAUAUGAGUUCGGAUAAGUUGAAAGGUGGGGCCAGCUCUAUGGACCCAAAAGAUCAACAAAAUAUAUGGGAGAGUAAAGAAAAUGGAGCAUUAUUAAUGUACACAACACACGGAGUAAAGGGUCGUUCGAAGAUAGCCGCGUAUGAUAUGGACGGAACCCUGAUAAAAACACGUACCGGUUUAGUAUUUCCAAAAGAUUAUGAUGAUUGGCAAAUCAUUUAUUCAGAGGUACCUGGAAAAUUAAAGAAGCUCCACAGCGAUGGUUACAAGAUAGUAAUUUUCACUAAUCAAUGUGGGCUCGGCUCUGCAAGAUUGAAUGCUAAAUCGUUCAAAAAUAAAAUAAAGAACAUAGUACAGAGAAUUGGGCUGCCGAUACAGGUUUUCAUAGCCACUGGACACAACGUUUACAGAAAACCAUCCAUUGGUAUGUGGCAGAAAUUGGAAGAGAACAACGAUUCCAUACCAAUCGACAAAGCUAAUUCAUUUUACGUGGGAGACGCAGCCGGCCGUCCAAAAAGUUGGGCUCCUGGAAAGAAAAAAGAUCAUUCGCUAGCGGACAGAUUAUUAGCUAUGAAUUUAGGAUUGAAAUUUUACACCCCCGAAGAGCACUUUCUUGGUCAGAAGGAACCACGUUACGUACUGCCCACGUUCAAUCCAAGAAAUAUACCAACUAUUGAAGUGUGCACAGGGGGUAAUGUGACUUCGAGCAAGCAAGAGGUAGUCCUAAUGGUUGGAUGUCCAGCGUCUGGCAAAUCCCAUUUUGUUAAGAACUACUUAAGCCACUAUGGAUACGUAAACAGAGAUACUCUUGGGAGCUGGCAAAAGUGUAUUAGCGUCACGGAGAAACACCUGCUCGAGAAAAAUAGCGUAGUUGUGGAUAAUACAAAUCCUGAUCCUGCCUCCAGACAACGAUAUAUAGAGGUGGCCAAGAAACACGGAAUUCCUGUUAGAUGUUUCGUCAUGACGACUAGUACUGAUCACGCGAAGCAUAAUAAUAAGUUCCGAGAACUAACAGAUCCCAGUCACGUGAAAAUUACUGAAGUAAUAAUUAAUUCUUACAUAAAAAAUUAUCAAUCGCCAACUUUGGACGAGGGUUUCACGGAAAUCGUGCAAGUCAACUGUGUCCCAAAGUUUCAGAAGAAUGAUCUCCGAGAGAUUUAUGAAAUGUAUUUACUCGAAAGCUAAUAAUAUUAAUUAUUUCGAAAGAUAUUUUAUUUCGUAACGAUAGACGUAAACAGUACUUUAGAACGGUUCUGAUUUUCGCUUGAACGUAGUUAUAUCUUAAUUUUUUAAUAAAAUAAUACAUUCCACAUA